AUGCUGUUUGAGGCGCGGGGGUUCUCCCAAGACACACUAAAUGCGUUUCAAGGGGGUGAGCAGCAGCAGCAGCGUGGUGGGCGUGGGAAGGGCGAGGGCAAGGGCAAGCGCAUUCGGCCGAUACCGGACUGCCAUGUGUCGACUGUCGUCAGUGGACCUGAGAUGGGUUAUGUGGUAACCCCACGCAUAGCAGUGCAGAGCGCCGUGUUUCUCCUGGCCCGUUCGCCCGCAACACUGCCCACAGGCGGGGUGCUGCCCCCGGCUGCCGCCUUCCAUGGGGGGGACCGCCUGUGGCCCGGCCUUGCUUCCAGGGGCCUGCUGUUUGAAACUCUCCGGUCGUCUGGCGUGUGA